AUGGAUCGUGAGUUUGACGAUUAUCUAGAGCAACACGGUGGAGGUUCAGGUGUGCCAACUACUCAACCGAUGAUGGGGUUCGGUCCAUAUUCUCAAGCCUUAAACGUUCUUGCUUCAGGAAAUAUUUCAACUCCGGCAACAUUACCAACCGUUGAAGAAGAAGAGCCGACGGCAAAGCCUAAAGCCAAGGGGCCACGCACCAACUAUAUGAGCGAAGAGACGGAGCUCAUAUGUAUAUUGUGGGUGGAGGCUACCCACAAUCCUAUUUUGGGAACGUCCCGAAGGUUGAUCCAAUAUUGGGGAGCAAUCGGCGAGAAAUACAAUGCUCUGAAGCCGCCGGGAUUGCCUAAUCGUAAGUCGGAUCAUCUCAAAUCCCACUUCCAACGCGUCCAAAAGGAGGUGAAAAUUUGGUCCGACUACUACAAAAUAUGCAAGGACAAUUGGAGUAGCGGGAUGAGCGAUGAUCAAAUCAUCGAACAAGCCCAGGCGAUGCACGAGGCGAAUCACAAAAAGAGAUUCAUGCAUAUCAAAGCUUGGAAAAUCCUACACGACUGUCAGAGGUUCGCGUCACCAGCCGCCAAUGUCUAG